UUGCGGCACAUCCAUUUAAACUAAUAGAAAUAUAACAGACCGACACGUUCGUUUAGGGAACAGAUAAAUAGCAAGAAACUUCAGCAUGUACUCAACUAAAAGCGAGGGACCGCGCAGAGGAAGAUCUUUUGACUCAAUGAACCUUGGUCUGACAUUGGAAGAAAAGCAACUUAACAAUGAAAUGAGCAAAUCUGCCUUUCCAAAGAUAGAGGAGAAUAAAGAUAACAAAACCGUGUCUACAGAGAAGGGUCGAGCUGCUCUUGUGUUUUCUCUGAAAAAUGAAGUUGGUGGACUUGUCAAGGCACUAAAACUUUUCCAGGAAAACCACGUCAACCUCGUACACAUAGAGUCGAGAAAAUCGAAAAGACGCAACUCAGAGUUCGAGAUCUUCGUGGACUGCGACAGUAACCGCGAACAGCUGCAUGAGAUCAUUCAGCUGCUGAGGAAACACGUGAACGUGCUCGAGAUGGACGCACCGGACAACCGCUUGCCAGAAGAAAGUGAGAUGGAGAACGUUCCGUGGUUCCCAAAGAAGAUUUCCGAUCUGGAUAAAUGUGCGAACCGUGUGCUGAUGUAUGGAUCAGACCUAGAUGCUGAUCAUCCGGGUUUCAAGGACAACGUCUAUCGCAAAAGGAGAAAGUACUUUGCAGACUUGGCUAUGAGCUACAAACACGGAGAUCCAAUUCCUCGUAUUGAGUUCACGGAAGAGGAGGUGAAAACAUGGGGAGUUGUGUUCAGGGAGCUGAAUAAACUCUACCCCACACAUGCCUGUCGCGAGUACCUGAAGAACCUGCCAUUGCUCACCAAACACUGUGAUUUUCGCGAAGACAACAUCCCACAGCUGGAAGAUGUCUCACGCUUCCUCAAAGAGCGUACUGGCUUCACCAUCAGGCCUGUGGCUGGGUAUCUCUCCCCACGAGACUUCCUGGCGGGUUUGGCCUUCCGUGUGUUUCACUGUACUCAGUAUGUCAGACACAGCUCUGACCCCCUCUACACACCCGAGCCAGACACAUGCCAUGAGCUGCUUGGACACGUUCCACUUUUGGCCGAGCCCAGUUUCGCUCAGUUCAGUCAAGAGAUCGGUCUCGCAUCACUGGGGGCAUCUGAUGACUCCAUCCAGAAACUUGCCACUUGUUAUUUCUUCACUGUGGAGUUUGGCCUCUGUAAGCAAGAAGGGAAGCUGAGAGCAUAUGGAGCCGGUCUGCUGUCCUCCAUCAGUGAGCUGAAGCAUGCACUCUCAGGAAACUCCAGGAUCUUGCCAUUUGACCCCAAUGUGACAUGCAAACAGGAGUGCAUCAUUACUACCUUUCAGGAUGUCUACUUUGUUUCAGACACCUUUGAGGAAGCAAAAGUCAAAAUGAGGGAGUUUGCAAAGACCAUCAAGCGGCCAUUCUCAGUACGCUACAAUCCAUACACACAGAGUGUGGACGUUCUGAAGGACACGGCCAGCAUCAACAACGUGGUGGAGGAGCUAAGACACGAGUUGGACAUCAUUGGAGAUGCACUUAACAGGCUAAACAAACAGUUAGGGGUCUGAAGGUCUACAACAUCCAUUGUAUACACUACAUUUUAUGUCCAUAACUUCAUGUUUCUGUCACACAUCUAAGUUCAAUUAAUUAGUCAGUUCUUCUCCCUCAAAAUAAUGUAUAAUGACUAAUAUUUUUAAUUCUUAAUGAAAAUAAUGCUCAUGCAAACUAACUAAGUCCUCUUGUUAAUUUCUGUUGAGAUUAUUAGUCUGGCUCUUGUUCUGUUUAAUACAGUAUGUGAUUCUGCAUGACAUGUCCUAACUGCUUGCAAGUGGAGUUCUUGUAUUUUGGUAUACUUGGUAAAGAGGUAUUGCAAGGUAACCACAGAGAUUAAGAUUCAAUUCUGAAAACUGGUGUCUGCUCAAGCUGAUAUAUUGGUGAUUUCAGUUUUGCAUUUAUUUGCAAGUAAUUUGAUUUUAUUUGACAUUGUAUGGCACCUUAUUAUUAUUUUAUAGAAAAACUUAGUACAUUACUUUGCUAUAAUCCCCUAUGUGCACAGUAUUAUGAAAAAGUCAAAGUUUUGUAUCAUUGUGAGUUAAUUCAAUGUACUAUUCAGUGUAUAUUUCUCUCUCUCUCUUUUAUUUGUGAAUGAAUGUCUCUCUUCAAGUAGAGGAUAGGGGCUGGACAUUGUCUUGCAUUUAUUAAAAAGUACAUGUAAAUAUU